AUGUCUAAUACAACGUCUGAAAGGCUGGAGACUAGAUGUCCUCGAGACGAGAAGACUGCUAUUUCAUCCAAGCUUCCUGACGAAAAGAAUGCCACCUCGAUCAGAGAUGGCACUAUAACACCCUUAGAAGCAGACGAAACCGAAGAUAACGUGAAUGACUCUUACCUUGGCUCGACUCAACAGCAUCCAUUCACCAACCCUAGCGAUGCAGAGCAUUGGGCAACUGUCUACGAAAAAGCCAAAUAUGAAGGCCGACACCGUUUUGAUCCUUCCACCCAGUGGGACGCAAGCACGGAAAAGAAACUCGUCCGCAAACUCGACAUUCGUAUCAUGGUCUGGGUUUGGAUCAUGUUCUCGUCCCUCGACUUGAUCCGCCGAAAUAUCAAUCGUGCAGUCUCGGACAACAUGCUUGAUGAACUGAAUAUGAACACCAACGAUUUCAACAAUGGGCAGACAAUCUACUUAUUCUCCUUUCUCGCUGCUGAACUUCCAGGAGGUUUGCUCAGUAAGAAGAUCGGACCCGAUGUUCUGACGCCAAUCUCCAUUUGCCUCUGGGGGACGAUCUGCGCUUGCCAAAGUCUCGUUAAGAAUCGUACUGGCUUCUAUUUGACUCGUGCUUUCCUAGGCUUCUCUCAGGGUGGCUUUAUCCCAGACAUGGUGCUUUACAUGUCUUACUUCUGGAAAAGCAAUGAGCUCCCAAUCAGACUCUCAGUGUUCUGGACCGCCAUUCCACUGACCCAAAUCAUCGGAGCACUCCUAGCGGCCGGCUUCCUCAAGAUGCGAGGCUUAUACGAUUGGUCAGGAUGGCAGUGGCUUUUCUUGAUCGAGGGUCUGAUGAGCAUUGUCAUUGGAUUACUCACCUUCCUCCUCAUGCCUCCCUCCAUUGCCGAGACUCAUAAAAUUUUUGGGGGCAGGGCCACUUGGCUUCACGGCAAGACCGGAUGGUUUACGGAGCGAGAAGAAAAGAUCCUGGUGAAUCGCAUCCUUCGUGAUGAUCCAUCAAAGGGAGACAUGAAUAACAGACAACAUGUCAACCUGAAGGGCAUUUGGGCAGCGGUGAAAGAUGUGGAUCUCUGGCCAACAUAUAUUCUCGGUAUACUGGCGUAUAUUCCCUUCCAGCCUGCUGCCAACUAUUUAUCUCUUACUCUUAGGAACCUGGGUUAUACUGUCUUUGAAGCAAAUAUGCUGGCCGUCCCAGGCUACUUUCUAUUCUUUGUCAAUAUUCUCGUUGUUACAUGGCUAAGCGAGAAGUAUCGUGAACGACUUAUCUUUUCAUCUCUGAGCAACUUCUGGGUUUUACCUUUCAUUAUCGGGUUACUUGCAAUCGCUCCCAGUACAAGUCCGUGGGUACGAUAUGCCUUGCUUACAGGAGUAAAUGGAGAACCAUAUACCCAUGCCAUUUUAGUUGGCAUGAUAUCUCGCAAUUCCAACAAUGUGGGAACUCGCGCCGUUUCGGCGGCAGUAUACAACAUGUGCUAUCAAUUUGGGUCAAUCAUAGCUGUGAACGUCUACCGUGACAGCGACAAACCGUAUUACUACCGAGGCAACAAAAUACUAGUUGGGAUCACUUCAGCCAACAUCAUCCUCUUCUUUCUAGCCAAGUUAUACUACAUCAGACGUAACCGGCAGAAAGAAAGGAAGUGGAAUGGCUUGAGUCAGUCUGAGAGGGAACAAUAUCUAUCUGCUACUACAGAUACCGGACUGAAGAAGCUGAAUAUUCGGUUUGCUCAUUAG